AUGCCAUUUAAACCGGUGGAACAUCCAAAAUGUCCAAAAUGCGGUAAAUCAGUGUAUGCUGCAGAGGAAAUGAAUGCUGGUGGUUACAAAUGGCAUAAAUUUUGUUUCAAAUGUGAACUGUGUAACAAAUUGUUGGAUUCAACAAAUGUAGCACCACAUGAAGCUGAACUAUACUGUAAACAAUGUCACGGUCGAAAGUUUGGCCCAAAAGGUGUUGGCUUUGGUUUAGGUGCUGGCGCUUUAACAAUGGACGAUGGUUCAAGAUUUGCCAAUAAAUGA